AUGAUCAAUUUCGUCAGAGAAUCUUCAAACUAAGAAAAGUUGUUCGAUAGUUAUAGGCAUUAAAAAAUUAUCAUGAUUAAACAUACAAUCAUUCUAAUUUUCAUUGUGGAAAGCAUUGUGAUUAUGAGUAAAACAUUUUGCUAAUGAAGCGUAAAUAUUUAUGUUAGCUUACUAUCAAAUGUAUACACCAAAUAAAAAAGAGUAUUAGAAAUUAUGGAUAUCAUUUUUUUACAGUUGUUAGGGAAAUAAUUGCUUUUUAAAUAGGUAUUUAAUUUAGUGAAUUAAGGAAUAUAUGUUAAUAUAUUUCCUAUGAAAAAGAAUAUUAUCAAUCAUAUUGCUAUGAUAAUUCAAUGAUGAAUAUUAUUAGAUAUGUUUUGAGUUCCAUUCUUAUUUUUAUUAUACUUUUAAUGUUCUUUGAUAUUUAUCGAAUUUUCAAAAUCAAAAAGGAAUUAAAUGUCCAAAUAAUGUCAUUCGAUUUAAUAUAGCAAGCAAAGAAAUAUUAAAUCCUCAUAAUACUCUUAUUAUUUGUUUAUUAUGCGAUCCUUUUAAUUUUCAUCUUUUGCAUAGAUGGGGAAUGUAAUUUUAUUACAUUAUUUAGAUGGUAGUGCCUUAGGAUUUUCCUUUUAUGUCGGAAGUUCAGGAACUAUAAUUUAUAUUAUUAUUCUAGCAUACAACUGUUAUGUAGAGGGAAGAUUUACAAGAACAACCUAUUUCGAAAAAAUGCUUAAAUAAUAACUUACUAAAUCAGAAAUUGAACAUAGUUAUGAAUUCAAAACUGUUGAAAAUAGAGGAGAGAGCUUUUAUUCAGCAAAAGAGUGA